AGGAAAAAAACAAGCCAGUGGCUGAUAAAGGAAAAAGAGGGGGAGGUAAAUCAUUUGGGGGAAAGAAAGAAACGAAGUUGUUGUAGGCUGUGACACAUUUGCGGAAUGGAUUAAUGCUUGCCUACUUUUACGGUACAAUUGGUUUGGCAACGGUCAGUAGAGUUUAAGGCAGCAUGGGUUCCGUUCUCAAACUUAUCCGCAUAUUUUUUUUGUCGUAAAAUUAUUUGAAAACGGAAUGUGAGCAAUAAUACAUUCUCGAAACAUCGAAUGCUUUAUGUUUUCGUUUGAUCCGUUUUUUUUUCUCGCGUUUUUAUAUGCAUUUUCAAUAUCAUGUUUCUUUCAAAGUGAAUAGAAGAGUUUGGAUACGCUACAUUUUAUACAGAAACGGACUUAUUUUCCUCCUUCCACUGGUCCUCACUUAGCCCGACGAGUUAUUCCAAAAAGCUUUGCCGUGGAAAAUCGUGUGGAACGGAACUUCACUGGACUACAUGUGGCUUUAAAAAACAAGAUCAAAGGGGAAUGCUUCUUAAUUAAAAGGACCCAAAAUAAGAGCAUUUAAGUUUAUACUGGUGCCAGUUGCGUGGGAAACAACUCAUCUUUACGUGACCAAGUCUAACCUAAUAUAAUGGACCGUUUCGUCACACCGAAGACAUGCAGGUGUGGGGCUACCUAGUCUCAAACGAGACCGACAACAACAACUUCAGCUUCACGAGAGUGACCUAAAAAAGCCAUUUUUAUCCGUCUUUAUCUCCAGCAUUGCCAGAACAAUAGAAGUAGUCCACUGCUAACUCGAUGGAUUCACAUGCGUUACCUUCUACCUGUCUGCCUGUAGUCUCCACAGCCAAGACACGAUGACUCUCAACACUGUUAUCCAAACAUGAUUAUAUCGUCAUGUGAUCCUCCAAAAAUGUCUUAAUCGUCUUAUUUAACGUCUGUUUUUUUAAUUUAUUGUAUAUGUACAUAUAGCCUACACAGGUCUGUCCUUUGGUUGUUCUAAUUUGGGGGGUAUUUGUUUAGCAUAUAGAUUGCAAGGGUCUCUGUCAUUUCAACUACUGUAGUUCAACUGUACUGUAGACAUACUUGAGUGUUAAUGUAUUUCCAACUCACACACUGUAUUUAUUGAGUACAUUAACUUAUAUAACAUAGUGGUUUGUUAACAGCAUUUAAUUUAAUUGGAUUAUUCAGAGUUUUAGACGACCAGGUUAGACAUUACAAUGGACCGACUUGGAAGUAAGUUAUUGGAGAAGUUGAAAUUGACUGACUCAGGGAGUGUGAAAUUCGCCAGUUCUAAAAAGAAAAACGAGUUGGUCAACAACACCAACAAUAACAGCAAUGGGAACACCAGUAGUGGACUGCCACCAACCCUGAGCACUGUAACCUCCUCACCAUCAACACCCGGCCAGUUCUCUCUCACCUCUCCAACCUCAACGGAGUCAUGCAGACCGGCCAGUGGCAGAGGUGGGAAUGGACUGGGAGAGAGAGUCUCCGCUACCCAGCACCUCUCCCCCUCUACAAGCUCCAUUGCCCCCCAAACUGCUGACUGCGAACAUCAACCCUACUCCCUCUCGACUCUCGCCCCCCUUCGGCGGCGGUCGCCCCAGCAGCGUGCCUCCUGCUACCUGGGGGAGGGCGUUGACAUCCAGAUGAGGCGUGAGUCAGGCCUGGGGGACUGUGACCCGGCUGGGUCCAAGGCCUCUCUGAACCAGCGCCGCUACUCUCUGGAGCUCCAGCAGCUGGUCCGACGCCAGCAGCUCCUCUCCCACCCUCCUCUCCCACCCUCCUCUGGCCCCCCUCCGGCAUACCCCACCUCCUCCACCUCCUCGGGUUACGGCUCCGCUCCCCGUGGUGGCGCAAUGGCCGAGCUGCACUACCUCCCCGAGCCGGAGCGCCACAAACGCCUCUCCCUCCAGGAGGCGCUGUUCUACAAGCGGCUGAGCGCCGGAGGGGAACUCUGGGAGAGCACCAGGCCGGCCUCGCUCUCUCACCCCCCACACCGGCCCUCUGAGAUGGGUGGAGGAGGAGGGGUGGGUGGAGGUUUCUUCUUCCCCCCAGGCCCGACACUGAGCCCCUGCUCGUCCUUCAGUCUCCAAGAGUCGGUGCUGGUCAGUCCCAGGUCCAGCUUUGCCUCCAGUACUGCCAGCGGUGGAAGCCCCAUGGGCAGCCGCUGUAGCAGCAACCGCACCAGCGGAAUCAGCCUGGGCUAUGACACCCGCUACUCCGCGGCACCGCAGCUGCAGUUCUCCUCUCUGCACGCAGGGGGCUCCACCAGUGGACAGGGAUACACAGUCUCUGGCAGGGCCGGGGCACACUCUGGGUCAGGAGGCUGGCAGGACUACCUGGACGGGGUCUCUUCACCUGGAGGAACAGGGGUUCAGGACAGUCGGCAUUCAUACCCGCCUGCGGUGGGUAGCCCGGCAGCGGCCUGUUACCGGGCUGGGCCCGAGUGGUGGGAUGAGAGGGGAGCAGGAACAGCACGAGGGGAGGAGACUGGCGUGGGCGCUGGCAGGGAACGGGCGCGCUACUCGGACCUCCCGGGGACCCGCUACCAAGAGGAACUGACGCGCCUGUUGCUAAGAGAUGCAGCACUGGAGGGGGAGGGGCUACACCUGGGUGGUCUGAUGCUCAAAGAACAUGCCAAGGCCCUCAGCAAGCCGGUGACGCUCGUCAACACAGCUACGGCUGCCGGACCAAUCAAAGCCCAGGAGGAGCCAGGAACGGGGAGGGAGGCGUUGUCUGAGAAUCGCCAGGAGUUCUUUGGUACAUGUGUGAAGUGUGGGAAAGGUGUGUAUGGAGCGGAUAAUGCGUGCCAGGCUCUGGACAGCCUCUAUCACACACGCUGCUUCACCUGUGUGUCCUGUGGUCGCACCCUGAGAAACAAGGACUUUUACAACGUCAAUGGCUCUGUGUACUGUAAAGAGGAUUACAUGUUCUCAGGGUUCCAGGCUGCAGCAGAGAAAUGCAGUGUGUGUGGCCACCUUAUCCUGGAACAGAUCCUCCAGGCAAUGGGGAACUCUUACCACCCCGGUUGUUUCCGCUGUGUGGUGUGUUCCAAAGCCCUGGACGGAGUUCCCUUCACCGUCGACCACCUCAGCAACAUCUACUGUGUCUCGGACUACAACAGGUCUACAUGUCGUUCUAUUCUGCCAUUGGAACUCUUGUUGCCCCGCAGAACGUUUGCUCCUAAAUGUGCUGCCUGCUUACAACCCAUCUUACCUGCUGAGGGCAGCGAGGAGAUACUCCGGGUGAUGUCUAUGAACAACGAUUAUCACUUUGAGUGCUACCACUGUGAGGAAUGUGGGAAGCAGCUCUCGGAUCAGCAGGGCUCCCAGUGCUUCCCUCUGGACUCUCAUCUCCUCUGCCAUUCAUGUCACAUGACCCGGGUGUGCGCCUCAUAACAUUUCCCCUCACAACACAACUGAGGAAGGAACUCUGUGCAUAAAACAUUCCCUUUUCUUUCUCACACAAACUAUUUCUUUCUCUCUAUUGCUCACCAAGAUAUGGGUUUGCUCUGAUGGUCGAAUUUCAUGUGUGAGACAAGCUCACAUGAAAACGCUGGUAUAAGAUGUAUUUUAUUUACCGUUUUGGUCCAGAGUUUGACACAAUAGCACCAAUGUCUUAGAUCCAGGGAUGGGUCGGUUACAUUCUAAAUGUAAUCUAUUAGUUAUCUGUCAAAUUGUAGUCAGUAACAACUUUUGGAUUACCCAAACUCUAACGUAAUCUGAUUAGUUUGUUACUUUUAGAUUACUUUGCCCUCAAGUGGCACCCUGCCUCUGUUUUUGUAAAACGCUGAAUUCAUGGCCCUGGCGAAAUGAAACCACUCUAAGAUUAAUAGACAGAGACAAUUUUCCAAUGUUUUUAUACAAGAAAAAAUACCAAUGUUUACAAACAUUGGGGGGAAAACAAGUUUACAGUAUUUUGGGUUAUCAUGGCAUGUGAUAGUUGAACUAAGCUCAUGGACCAUUUAUAAUUUAUAUUCUUCCGGCCACAACCGGGAGGUCCGUGGGGCGACGCACUAUUGGCCUAGCGUCGCCCGGGUUAGGGAGGUCUUGGUCGGUAGGGGUGUCCUUGUCUCAUCGCGCACCAGCGACUCCUGUGGCGGGCUGGGCGCAGUGU